GGGGGGGCCGCCUGCCGCCGCCGCCGCUCACCGGCGUCUCCAGCCCGGCAACGGGCCUGGCGCGGAGUCCGAGGCCGCCGCCUCGACGGUCAACUCGUCUUCCGCGUCGUCGUCGUCCUCAUCCUCGUCGUCGUCGUCCUGCUCCACCUCGGAGCGGCUGAGCUGCCCGAUCUGUGAGCGCCUGAUGCCCGGCGCCUCGGCUCCCUCCGACAACGAGCCGGGCCUCCCGGCCGAGCUGCUGCUGCUCAACAACCUGCUGGACGUGGUGUCGGCGGCCGAGGACGAGCUGGACGGCGGAGGGGGAGGAGGAGGAGGUGCGGCGGCAGGGGGCAGAGGCCGUGCCCGGCCCCGGAGCUCCCAGGCCGGGGCCGGGGGCGGAGGCUGCAGCUCCUGCGACGAAGGCGCGCCGGUCACCUCCCGCUGCCUGGACUGCGCCGAGUACCUGUGCGACCGCUGCGUGCGGGCCCACCAGCGGGUCCGCCUCACCAAGGAGCACGCCAUCCACCGCUUCAGGCAGCAGCCCCAGCCCCACUACAACCAGCAGCCCUUCGCCAGCCUGCCCAUCGCACACGAACGGGUCAGCUACUGCCAGCAACACGAGAACGAAGUGAUGCGUCUGUACUGUGAUACUUGCGCUGUCCCAAUUUGUCGAGAAUGCACAAUGAGCCGUCAUGUAGGGCACAGCUUUGUCUACCUCCAGGAUGCCGUACAGGACUCCAAAGAAAUUACCCUACAGUUAUUAGCAGAUGCACAGCAAGGACGACAGGCAAUUCAGCUCAGUAUAGAGAAAGUCAGAGCUAUGGUGGAACAAGUAGAGAUGAAAGCUCAAGUGAUUCGAUCAGAAGUCAAAGCAGUUACUUCACGGCAUAAGAAGGCUCUCGAGGAACGUGAGUGUGACCUGUUGAGAAAGGUUGAAAAGAUCCGGCAGAUGAAGGCCAAAACCCUGCACCUUCAGGUGGAAGCACUGCGUGAGAAUUUAACCAGGCUGGAAAGCACUAUAGAUUGUGUUCAGAAAGCCUUAUUGGACGGGCGUGAUGUGGAUGUUCUCUUGGCAAAAGAACAAAUGUUUGUCCAAAUCCAAGACUUGAAGAAACUUCGGAAUCUCCUACAACCUCAAGACGACGACACCCUUUCGUUCAUUCCACCCGAUGGUGUACUGUACAAAGCCAUCAAGUCACUGGGCAUAAUUAGUAGCAGUGCAUAUGCUCCAAUAUCUACAGCAACUGGUGAAGGAUUGAAACGGGCAUUACGUGGGAAAAUGAGCAGUUUCACUGUAAUCACAAAGGAUCACACUGGUGAAGGAAGAUCGUCUGGUGGUGACUUGGUAGUGGUUGUUAUCAUGGGUCCUGAUGGCUGUCUCUUUCGUGCUGAUGUUCUUGAUCAUCAUGACGGCACCUACACAGUUAGUUAUUCCCCGCAUCUGGAAGGAGAGCAUGUAGUCUCAGUGACAAUUCGUGGUCAGCAUAUUGAGAACAGCCCUUUUCGAGUAAUUGUCAAAGCAGGUCGCAAUUACUCUGGAAUUGGGCUUCCAAUCUGCUCCUUUGGAGGAGAAGGGGAUGAAGAUGGACAGCUUUGCCGACCAUGGGGUGUCUGUGUCAACAAAGAAGGCUACAUUAUCAUCGCUGAUCGUAGCAACAACCGUGUUCAGGUGUUCACACCAAGCGGAACCUAUCACCACAAGUUUGGGACAGCAGGAGCCAGGCCUGGACAGUUUGAUCGUCCUGCUGGAGUUGCCUGUGAUCAGAAUUGUCGAAUCGUAGUGGCUGAUAAGGACAAUCACCGCAUUCAGGUGUUCACCUUUGAGGGACAGUUUAUCCUUAAAUUUGGGGAGAAAGGAAGCAAGAAUGGCCAGUUCAACUACCCAUGGGAUGUUGCAGUCAAUACUGAUGGAAAGAUCCUAGUGUCUGACACUCGUAAUCAUAGAGUUCAGCUUUUUGGCCCAGAUGGAAAUUUUGUAAGUAAAUAUGGCUUUGAGGGAGCAUUGUGGAAGCACUUUGAUUCUCCUCGUGGAGUGGCCUUUAACCAUGAAGGACACCUUGUGGUUACAGAUUUCAACAACCACCGGCUGCUGGUAAUCCAUCCUGACUUCCAGUCUGCACGUUUCCUUGGCUCUGAAGGCACCAGUAACGGUCAGUUCCUCCGACCUCAGGGUGUAGCUAUUGACCAAGAAGGCCGCAUCAUUGUAGCUGAUUCCAGGAACCAUCGCAUUCAGAUCUUUGAACCAAAUGGCAAUUUCCUGUGUAAGUUCGGGACCCAAGGCAGUGGCUUUGGACAGAUGGACCGUCCAUCCGGAAUAGCCCUGAUGCCAGAUGGACUGAUAGUAGUCGUCGACUUUGGCAACAAUCGUAUCCUCUUGUUUUAAUAAUGCUGUGUGCUUUGAUUUUCUAUAUUGUGGAAUUGUUGCUCAGGGACAAUGUCUUAAUUGUUUUCCCUAGAGAAGACAGGUUUUUUUUUUCUGUGCUGCAGUCAUCUACCUCAUGAUGGUAAAGUGUGAGCUGUGAGACUACUUCAAAACUACAUAAAUAUAUAGACCUACCUCACUGCCUGCAGAUGUUGGGCUGACUUAAUGUUUGGAUAUUUCCAUGGAACUGUGCAAAUGUGUCCAGGCAAUUGGUGCCUUUAUGACCUGAAUCCAAAGACUUGUUUCUUAGUAUUAAAAUUGUCCUGUAGCUUUAUUUAAAGAAAAAUCUCUCAGGUAGGAAGACUAUUGGCCUCUUCUGUAGCCUAAAAAUGGCCAUUUGUGGGUGACUGAAAAGUUUUGGCUGCCUACCUGCAUACAUUUUGUUUUCAGGGAUUAUUUGAUAUUGAAUAUCUCGUACGUUUAGCCCUACACUCUUCUGAAUGUAGCCCCACGCUCCACCUGAAUGUAAACUAAGUACCUCUUUUUUUUUUUUGUUGUUGUUGUUUUUGGGCUGUAAUGUUCUUUGGCCUGAUGCACAUAAUGGUGAACAUAGAAGUUGCUGAGGGUUCUUCUGUGUGUUUGUUUAUUUGGGGUAUUUGUGUAAGGAAAAUUUGGGAUGCUAUUUGAUACCCUGAAGAUCAAAGUAUAAAAGGCACCUGGGAUAAUCAAAUUAUAUUUACCUCAACUGCUAGCUCAGGUACCUACAUAAAAUCAAUUUCCUACUGAAAUGGUAGGCUGUAUUUGGUUUCAGAGGCAGUAUUACUUUGCUUUGGAAGUGUGAAUUGGCUGAUUUAGACUUUUUCUUUGGGUCUUGUUUAAUCAGAGUCCUGUUAGGUGGGAAUCUACAGAAAAACAAGUUCAGGGUGAGCAAAGUCCACUGGUCCUGUUUUGGUGUGCCACUGUUUGGAUGCGCACGCACUGUUACAGAUGCCAUAAACCGAAAUGGCCACCUAACUAAUUGGUUCUCAAUGCCAAGUUUCCUAAGUGGGGAGAUUUUUAAUCCUCUAUGCUUCAUUUAAAAACAUCAACAUGUUUUCUCAUCAAAACAACUGUAAAAUGAAAUUGAGUUAACCAGUUCUUUACUGAUGAGUUUUAGGCAAUGAUUUAUAUUGUCCUGGCCCCUCAAGCAGAAAAAAGGUCAGUUCUUUAAAGGGCAUUAUUGUAAUGGUUUGUAUGUCGUGCGCUGGAGCAGUAGUAACACUUGUGAAGACCCAUAAGGACUGGCAAUAAUUGCUGAUUGCAACUGUGCUGUUAUGUUAAUAUUCUGCCAGGAUUCUGGCUGUAGCUGAUAGUUGAGGAAAUAUAUACACCUAUAUAUAUGCUGUAGUCGUAGGAACGUUGGUAGAAUCCUUGGAUUUAUUUCCAUCUCUGAAUCUUCCAUUUUUCCUGUAGCCCAAAAGUGACCAAUUAGUUUAGAAAUGAGACAAUGUCUCUUUAAAACUAUUUUAAAUUAAGUUUAUGCAAAUGAUUUCCUUCACAGCCUUCUCUUAAGUACAGAUUUUAGAAAAUACAGUAUUUUUACAGUCUAGGAAUCGCAGCAUAUAAACCUGACAUUUUACAGAAACCACACUGAAUAUUUUUGCAAAAUCUGUGGUUUAUAGCCAUAAAUUGCGUAAUUUUAACUCUGAGCCAGUUUCAUCAUACCUAAGGUAUUCCAUUAGUUUACCUGCCUUGCUAGUUUGGUAAUCAGAGUGAAGGCACAAUCCCAUUUCCAUUUCCUUUUUUUAGCCUUUUACCUGCCAAUUGUUUGCAGCUUGCAAAAGUCUGCAACCUGUGAUGCAUUCCACCUUUAACAAUGUGUGAUCAGUUGCCUUUUGGGAAGGAAAUGGGUCCAAGUAUUUAAAAGGUUGGGGGGGUUUCACAUUUGGUUCCUUCAUUUGAACAAAAGACUGGUGUGGCUUCAUUUUAGAUCAACUCACCUAGGCCAGCUUUCCAAAUCAGGCAAAAGGAUGAACUACUGGGCCGACCUCUGAAUGCAACUGGACCUUAAUUCUGGACCACAAUGGAUUGGGUUCAAGUGUAAGAGCUGCUAUUUAAUUAAAACAGACAAAUUAAUGCAAAUUUUAUCAUUACUCUGAGCUUGUUGAAACGAGACUUUUUAGUUCUUGGCAGGUUGGAAGAGGCAUGUUAGUCAGUAAAAUGAUGGGGAAAUCUGAAAUGAGAGGUAACAUUAAUGUAAAUUUGAGGUCCCAGCCGAGGAAAAAAGUGCUUGUUUUUGGUUAACCUUAAGAUUAAAAAUUCAAUUUUUUGCAGAGCAGUAUCCGUUUAUAAAUGUUAAUAUUCUGCAUUAUUGUAAGCUCCCUAAUUAAUCUGUUUAGCUUUCAAGAUGAAACUGGCUAAUGUGCUGCUUCAAAUUGUGACAGUCAGUUGAAUAUGUCGUGGUUAGAUGUUGUAGUGUAGAAUGGCUUUUGUUUUACACAUCGGGAAACAGUUCGUCAGCGGUGGUUAUUGAUUAAUGCAAACCAGUUAAGGGACCCAUCAAUUUGAAAUGCACAUUUGAUCUCUCCACCUUUUUGAACUAUGAAAUAGGCUUUUGUCUUUAAAAUUAGAUUGAAACCUACAAAAAAUUCCUGUAAUUUGAAUGCUGUGCUCUUGAGUUUUAUGCAGUUACAGUUUUUGGUGUACAGCCAUAGAUGUAUCUCUUGAAGCCAUUAUUUUUCCCUCAGCACAAAUUUAAAGAUACAAGCACACAGUUGUCACCCCACUUUGGGGUACCAUUUUAAAAGUAAAAAUUCAACCUUUAAAAAAGUAUCAAUUUUUACAAACCAAAUGAAUCAGUUAUUACUGUAUUGAGUUCCUUUGGGAUAGCAGAUAAGUCUCAACCAAAUUGAAUCUUAUUUAAAGAUGGGGUGUUUCCUUAAUUAAAACUGUUUAAAAUAUCUUUUACUUUGUUUGAGGUUGUUGAUAUGUAGGUUUUGCACUGGCUGCUAGAUAGAAAAAAAUGUGGUUAUGAUAACCAGUUCUUUUCCUUCUGGCUCCUGGUGAACUUUGCUAAUCUAUCGUGUGAUGACCUUUUUGAUCAUGUUGCUCAUAAUGAGGUAAUCAGUUAAUAUUUAGUGUUUUCUUCAAAUCAUAAUGGGUCUUUGAAGUUUUCUAAGGCAGUGUAUUGAUCUGAAACUUUAUCUUUUUGGUGCAAAAAAAAGUAAAGUUAAAGCUUAAUUCCAGGAGAGAAGUUCUUGUUUUAAAAAUUCAUCCUUUUUAAUCAUUUUCAAUUUGGCUUAAGUGCCUGCUAUCCAAUUGGUGACUUAAGAUCUUGAUUUAGUUUUCUAUGCAUUUUGAAUUGGGUGGGUCAGUGUUCAAAACUCAUCACUUUUUUUCCAAUUUUGUAACUGGACAAAUCCCCAAAGUCUGUUUUAGCUUGAGUAUUCACAAAAUAACUUUACACAGCUUUACAAGCAAAUUCAGAGAGUUCACUCAAAGUGCUUAAUGGAUAAUGUUCACAAUUCUUGAAGUUUAAGCAGGCACAGUACCUUACCUCCAAUAACCUUAACAAGCGAUCAGCUUGCAGAAUUCCAAGAAACCAAUUAAUUCAGAGAGUAGGGUCAAAAUGAUACAUAAUUCUCAGGGAAGUGAUCCUACUAUCUCUGAAUGGUAAUUGGGGUGCAAGAUGUGGUUCUGGUGCCUUGUCAGGUAAUGGUUUUUGUCUACCUCAGUGCCUCUUUCUGUGGCAGCUUCAAACUACCUCAUGUUGGAACCCAAUUGGCUCACCCGCCAUUGGGUGAAGAGCUUGCACCCGGGGCUAAUGUGCAGUCUUAUAGCGGGAUUUUAAUGCACCCAUGAAUCAGCUGCCGAAAUAGGCAUUGAACAAAUAAGUUUAUGGAUGAUGGUUUGUACAAAGCCCCUACUAGUCUGUUGUCACUUGUUUUAGCAAACUCCCAUUCAGUGUAUGUUGGGUUCAUCAGUUAAGUGUCUGCAGUGCAGCUCCAGAAACACUUUGCAAAAAUAGAAAUUCCAUAAUCUGAACAAACUUCUGAACUUAAUAGAAAUUAUCCUUGUUUUAAUGUCAUUUGCACAUUUGAAAGACCUUGUGCUCCCAGGCUUAUUCUAUUAAAUUCCGUCAAAAGGAAACUCUUGGGAAAAUUCAGUUGCAAAUGAAUAUUUCCCACUGGCCCUGCUGUGCUGAAUGGUCAUUUUAUGAAUAGUCAUGUAGCUUGAUUUAAUGGCAUCACAGGGCAGGCCAAAUCUCUACCUCUCACACAUGGAAGAAUUGUUUACAUGCAAAGUAAACCACCUAAUCCCAAUGGUGACUUAUCCUUUUUUCACUGUUCUAAAAUAUUUUCGCUUAAGUGUAUGGAUGCUAGUAAGUGGGCAAGCUUUCGAUCAGAUGUCUCGAGUUUUCCCUUAAGGUUCUUGAUGUGGCGUCCCUUCUGUUCUUCAUGCCAAGUGAGGUUUUGGAAAAAGUGGAGAUGGAGGGGCUGUUCUGGUUAGUUGGAAGGUGGUGGAGUGGGGGGGGGGCAGGGAGCUGAUAAGGUAGGUUUGGGAGCAGUUGAACUCUAGGCCAUUUUGGUUUGUCAUCCAUGUACAUGUGUGCAAAAUAGAAUCUGAUGAUCACGGGCACUUGGAGUUGAUUUUCUAAGCUUGCCAGCAGAUGCAAUUGAAGUUUUGCAGGUUUUGACCAUUUAAGCCAGUCCAGUUUACUCAAAACUGAGUCAUCAGACAUUUAAUAAAUCCGUUCCUCACUAAAAUGUUGGAUGUUGUUAAAAUGUAGACAGCGGAGUUAUUGACUUUUUUCCAUUGACAAAAUAUGAUUCUGGUUGAUAAUGGGAGCACCUGAUGUGCUGUUUGUUUAAACAAAUUGUUUUUGUGAACUGAUUUUAUGAAGUGCUUAAGUUGUUUUUUUAUAUAUUGUGAAACUGGGUUUCAAACCACUAGUUAAGCAGACUUUAUUCAAAAUUUAUUCUUGAGAAUUUAGUGUCUGGUCCAAGAUCCAGAAAUCCUGGCUGAGAAGACAUAAUAUAUAGCUUAAAGAAGUUUUCGCUGUUUUCUAAAAACAGUGAAACCAAGUUCUGGGCUCAAAUUAUUUUAGAGGCAGAACUACAGUAAAAUCAAAGGUUCUAUUGAGUUGUAUAAGUAGCGAUUUUGCUUAUUGCCUCUGUUUUUCUUUGCUAAUUUUAACUUUGUAGUCUGUUCUAGAUUAAGGGGAUAGCAUUAAAAUGUCUGGUGCAAGUGGUCAAAGGCCCUUUUCUCAAACUUAGACAAGUGCCUCAAAAUGACGGAGCCUGUUUCUGUAUUUAAAGAUGUCUGAGCAGUAUUGUUUAAGUUACUGUUGUACAACAACCCAGCAUUUAAUGUUCAUCGGUGGUUACCACUGCUUAAAGGAGAGGGGAAAUUGGGGUCCUAGACUACCAGAAAAGUGUUUGUUUUAAAAGAAAAUUCCUCUUGGGGUUGUCUUUACAGUAAGGUGACGGGUAAUUUUUUUUUUGUUUCACACUUUUGUAUAAUUUACCUCUACAUUGUAAGAUCCAGCCUCUGCACCAAAGAAUGAGGUUUACUGACCUGGAACACUACUUAUUCCUGUGUGUUUUGAAAGCCUAAAAAUUGAUGUUUGUGCAAUUUUAUCUGGAUGAAAGUUCAAUAAAAUUUGUUUACAAUUGA